CGUGUGUUAGACUGCAACACUAUCACAUAUUUGUAACUGCAUUAUCAACGCGACAUCAACGCAGCCCGCUUGUCAGCUUGGGACAACUUCUGGACUUCUGACAAAGUUACGAGUUUUUCAGUCCGCGCGGAAGGCCAAAGCGUAAAAUGCCUCCACGACCGGAGCUGCCUGUUAGUUCCGCAAAUCCGGGGCCGGGGCCGCACUUGGAGCUGACGCUACAAGAAAUCGCGGACCUCAAAGAGGUGUUCGACCUCAUGGACAAGGACAAGGGCGGGACACUGAGCAUUGACGAGGUCAAAGGACUCAUGGAACUGCUGGGCAUGAAGGUCCGGCAGGAGGAGCUGGAGGCCAUGAUUGCGGAGAUCGACAACUCGGGCGACGGCAACAUCGAUUUCAAUGAGUUCCUGCAGGUGAUGGCCAAGCCUCAGGACCUGCCGUACAAGAAGGCGGACGUGAUGCGCGCCUUCCGCCUGUUUGCGGACAGGGACGCGCCGCAAGGCUGCAUAUCGCCAGAGGCGCUGGAGCGGGCGCUGGUCCAGUACUGCAGCGGGAAGGUGCCUGAGGAGGAGAUCAUGCGGCUGGUGAACACGCUGGAGCUGAACCAGGAGGGCUACAUUGACUUCUCGCGCAAAGUAAACCUGUUCCUCAAUAAGUAGCGCGGCGCCUAUAGAUGGUGUGUGUUGCCAUGGUGUGGCGCACCGGGGAGUGGGGAUGAGGCGAUUGGGAACUGAAUGUCAGGCUUGAGGCCUUGAGUAUCAGUGUGUACGCAUGGGGGAGUGCGGGAUACAGAACUGAGGAGCACGUUGCAGCUGUGGGCAUUGGGCUGAGAGUCAGUGCCUCCUAGACGCGGCUAACAGGUGCGGCUACUGAGAAACGUAGCCAGCUCGUGGACUGCAGAAGGUAAUUGUUAGGCUGGUACUGAGAGAGGGAGGGGAGAAGCACGAACAAACGACCUGCCGAGCUGGCGCAUGCUUGGAUGCAUGGUUUGCUGCAUGGUUGGCGCACACAUGAGCGAGAUGGAAUGGAGCCAAA